UGACACUGCAGAAGGUUUACUGCUCUGAGGUUUCACUGCAGCACCAGCUAGGAGAGAACAGGACUCUGCAGAUCUGGAGGAACAUUUUGAGCUGUGCCCAGAUGUGACUGCAGGGUGUUCCAAGGGUGAGUCUCCUACAGACACAUCACUCAGCUGAACAGGACCAAGAAACAGAUUUGUGGUGUGUGAACAGCCGACACCAACCUGAGAGAGGCCCACACUUGUGAAGACUGCUCUGGUCAGAGGACAACACAUACCAUUCCUCCUGGGCACCAAGAUCCAUAUCCAACAUAUCUGACCCCUGCUGAGCUGACCCAGCUGCCUGGGCUGAGAAGACUGAACUGAAGGGUAGAUGGCUUCAACUGGCCUUGAACUCCUGGGCAUGACCCUGGCUGUGCUGGGCUGGCUGGGAACCCUGGUAUCCUGUGCCCUGCCUCUGUGGAAGGUGACUGCUUUUAUCGGCAACAGCAUCGUGGUGGCCCAGGUGGUGUGGGAAGGGCUAUGGAUGUCUUGUGUGGUGCAGAGCACUGGCCAGAUGCAGUGCAAGGUGUAUGACUCUCUGCUGGCACUGCCCCAAGACCUACAGGCUGCCCGAGCACUCUGCGUCAUAGCCCUCCUCCUGGCACUGCUUGGCCUGCUGGUGGCCAUCACAGGCGCCCAGUGCACCACAUGUGUGGAAGAUGAGGGUGCCAAGGCCCGAAUUGUGCUCACUGCAGGGGUCCUCCUUCUCCUUUCAGGCAUCUUGGUGCUCAUCCCUGUCUGCUGGACAGCCCAUGGCAUCAUCCAGGACUUCUACAACCCACUGGUAGCUGAGGCCCUCAAGCGGGAGCUGGGGGCUUCCCUCUAUCUGGGCUGGGCAGCUGCUGCACUACUCAUGCUGGGUGGAGGGCUCCUCUGCUGCACAUGUCCCCCACCGCAGAUUGAGCGGCCCCGUGGCCCCAGACUGGGCUAUUCCAUCCCCUCCCGAUCUGGUGCAUCUGGGCUGGACAAGAGGGACUAUGUAUGAAACGGGACUUCUCAGGAGCCAUCAUCUGAGCUUUGUCUUCUACCAUUGUGCCCCUUAUCCCCCAGGAAAUCCAUUUUUGUAAAGCUCAAAUAACCUGGCUCCAGGAGCAGUCUCAGCUGGUCUGGCUGAGCCAACCCUCAGUGGUCCCCACUUCAUAGAAACUGGGCUAACCUCCCCUCCACCUUAUCUGUGGGAUUAGUUUUUUCUGUUGUCCAGGACAUGUGAGCCUUCCCCUACCCCAAGAGCCUGGGGUCCACUGAAAGGAUUGCAGCUCCUUGCCUCCAAAAUAAGGAGCCAAACCUGUCCCGGAGGUAGUGCACUCUGGCUCAGCCAAUACUGGUAUCUUAAGACACCUGGGGCCAGGCCCUUUGGGAGUAGGUAGCCCACAUUUCCUACCUUCCGUAAUCAGAAUAAAAAGAGUACUUAUA